GGGGAAUCCAUUUUAUCAUCAUUUUCAUCUCAUUAUUCGUUCAUCUAUUCAUCUAUCCGUGUGUCAAUUCUUAAUCAACUUCUUGCCUAUACGCAAUCAUUUGUUGCCGGCCGACUUCAUCACUCUCAUCACUCUCAUCAAAUAGUCUUCUACGUUUUUCAUCGCUCAAUACCUAAAUAAACAUACCCACCAGCAACCAUGCAAUUCACAGUCAUCACUAUCUUUUCCUUCAUCGCCAUUGCGAUUGCCUCACCUCUUCAACUUGCAGGACGCGAUGUGGAUGAUGCAUCGACUCCCUCAAUGACUGAUGCUCAAGGAAACGUCGUUAGCUUCGACUCUGCUAAUGUUAAUCAAGCUGCCAAAAACUCUGGCAUGUAAACCAAUUGCAUGUCUGAAUUUUACGGCUUCCACUUUCAAUAUCUGAAAAACGGAGUUUGAACUCAAGAAACUAUUGAAGGUGACAAGUAAUGAAAUGGAGAUGAUGGAGAUAUCGAGAUAUCGUGGCGUAUUGUUUAUUUGUUGUCAGCUUAAUCUUGGAAAAAUAAUGCGGCAUAGAUUGUAUUGCAUUGGUGUUUCUUUCGAUGAUAUGGUCCAUUGGAUUGGGUUGGAUUGGUAUCGCUGGAUUGGUAUCGAUGGAGUAGGAUAGGACAGGACAGGAUGGGAGUAGAUGAUGUUGACGAUAUUGAUGAUAAAAUCUACACUUUGGCACUGGCUUUUCCAUUUCAUACCAUUGCCCAUGAUUACUUUCGUUAUUUAGCGCCAUUGACGUCUUUUUCACUGGAAGAGUGGGUGAUAUGACUUGUUCAUCAAGGAUGAUUCUCAAUCUUCUCUUCA